AUGAAGUCUUGGAAGGCAGAUAGUGAUUGUUGUUCCUGGGAUGGGGUCACAUGCGAUACGCAGAAUGGUGAGGUGAUUGGCUUGGACCUGAGCAACAGUUGGCUUUAUGGGUCUCUCAACUCUAACAGCAGUCUCUUCAGUUUGCAUCACCUUCAGAAACUCAACCUUGACUCCAACAACUUCUCUUCCUCCACAAUCCCACCUGAAUUUGGCCAGCUUGUGAGGUUGACCCAUCUCAACCUCUCUUUUUCCUUCUUACAUGGCCGAAUCCCGUCGGAAAUUUCAUGGCUAUCCAAUUUGGUUUCACUUGAUCUCUCUUUCAAUGUUUUUUAUUGCUUUAUUGGUGGUGAUUAUCAUUAUAAAUGGUUGGAUCUCAGAAGAAUUGAUCUUGAAGCACUUGUCCAGAACAUGACAUAUUUGAGAGAACUUCAUCUCGACGAAGUGAACAUUUCAUCGUCGCUACCUCAAUCACUGGCAAAUUUGUCUUCUUUGACUUCUCGUACUCUGUUUUACUGCAAUUUGCAGGGUGAAUUUCCCCAGAAUAUUUUCCUAUUGCCCAGGAUACUAUCCAUAGAUCUGUCAUAUAACAAUGAACUCAUUGGUUUUCUUCCCAAAUUUCAAUUUCGUAGUUCCCUAAAGAAAUUGCAUCUUUAUGCAACAAAUUUUUCUGGGGAAUUUCCCAAUCCAAUGGACAACCUUGGGUCCUUGAAUGUUUUGGAUCUUUCCGGAACAAAUUUAUUUGGGGAAUUCCCCAAUUCAAUCAGCAACCUCCAAUCCUUGAAUUAUUUGGAUCUUUGUUCAAGUAAUUUUUUAGGGGCAAUUCCCCCGUCUAUUGGAAACCUAUCACAGCUUACUCAUCUUUCCCUCUCAUAUAACAAUUUCCACGGUCAGCUUCCAUCUACAUUAGGAAAUCUCAAGUCCUUGAAUUAUUUGGAUCUUGAUUCAAGUAAUUUUUCAGGGACAAUUCCCCCUUUUAUUGGAAACCUAUCACAGCUUACUCAUCUUUCUCUCUCAUAUAACAAUUUCCAUGGUCAGCUUCCAUCUACAAUGGGAAAACUAGCAAAACUCACUUCUCUGAGACUUGACAAUAUCCUUUACUAUUGGGAAGUACCAACUUUCCUAGGAAAUCUUACACACCUAGAAGACUUAAGCCUUUCACAGAACAAUUUUGACUGUGGCUUCCCAAUUUGGCUAACAAAUAUUACUAAACUCCGUUGGAUAGAUUUCUGGGGAAAUCAGUUGAAAGGGGAAAUCCCAUCUGGAAUAAGUAGACUUCCUAAUUUGUCAAGCCUUGACUUGUCUCAAAACUCACUCAUAGAGGCCAUUCCCUCAAUUUUGUUCACAAUCCCUUCAUUGUAUAUACUAAAUCUAGAUCAAAAUCAGCUCAUUGUCCCUCUCAAAUUCCAAAAUAUCUCUUUAUCACCACUAUAUUACCUGGGGUUGAGUGAAAACAAAAUGAAUGAAUUGAUGCUAAGGUCAAUUGUCAAUUUCACUAAGCUACAAGAGCUAUGA